AAUAAAUUCACAAGGGCCGACGUCCUCAACUGCGAGAUUGAGUCGUCCAGCGUCUCAGGGGCUCCCGUCCGAGAAAACCGAAAAACCCAUACCCCAUCUGCCGGAACAAGAGCGAUAACGACAGACACUAUGCCCAAAAAACCGGUCAUUGGACUUCUCGGGGGUGGUCAGCUCGGCCGCAUGCUUUGCGAAGCCGCUGGCCCCCUCGGCAUCGAAAUUGUGAUUCUCGACGAGGCCAAUUGUCCCGCCAAACAGGUCAACCAGAACGCAAAGCACGUUACCGGCUCAUUCAAGGACCCAGAAAAAAUCCGGGAGCUCGCCGCCCGAUGUGACGUCCUCACCAUCGAGAUCGAGCACGUCAAUACCGACAUCCUCGAGGAGAUCGCUACCAAGGGCGUCACCACGGGUCCCGGUACCGUCAAGAAGAUCCCCGUCCAUCCUUCUUGGGAGACCAUUCGCCUCAUCCAAGACAAGUUCUUGCAGAAGGAGCACUUCUCACAGGCUGGACUGCCCGUUGCCCCACAGAUGGCUAUCGAGUCUAGGCCCUCCAUGCUGGACGCCUUGCGGGAGUCCUACGAGCGCUUCGGCUUCCCGUUCAUGCUCAAGGCCCGCAAAGGGUCCUAUGACGGCAGGGGCAACUUUAAAGUGAGCGGAGUGCAGGACUUUGAGGAGGCAGUGAACGUCAUGGGCAAAUUGCCCUUGUAUGCCGAGAAGUGGGUGCCCUUCGUCAAGGAGUUGGCCGUUGUCGUCGUCAGGACCGAAGACGACGAGGGACGGCUGCGCGACAUAUAUACAUACCCAACUGUAGAGACCAUCCACGAGGAUAGUGUCUGCACCAAGGUUUACUACCCUCCACGGAAGGUCCCUGCAGAUGUUUGCGAGAAGGCGAGAGGUGUGGCCGCUGGUGUUGUCAAGACUCUCAAGGGCAGAGGCGUCUUUGCCGUGGAGAUGUUCCUCCUGGAAGAUGCAAGCAUCGAGGUAAACGAGGUCGCACCUCGAAUACACAACUCGGGCCACUACACCAUUGAGGCUGUCCCCUAUAUGUCUCAGUUUAAAGCCCAGCUUUGCUCCAUCCUCGACAUUCUCCCCCGCUCCCUCAAACUCCAGCCUCGAGUCUCCAGCGCCAUCAUGCUGAACAUCCUCGGCGGCGCACGCGAGGAUUCUCACGAAGCCCUCGCUGACCUGUCCGCGUCGCUCUACGACGACCAGAUGGACAUUUUCCUGCACCAGUAUGGCAAGACGUCGAAACCUGGCCGGAAAAUUGGCCAUAUCACCGCCACCGCCUACGCUCCCGAUACCGAUCUCGAGCAACUCGUGGCACCCCUCGUCCAGGAGGUGGACCACAUCCGCCAAGGCCGUCUCGAUGCCGCAUCCGCUCAGCUACGGCCAAGCGAUACGCCAGCAGCUGCCCCCUCGUCCUCCUCUUCCUCGUCCUCCUCGUCCUCGUCAUCCUCCCGCGACCCCUCCGCGCCCCUAGUGGUAGUGACCAUGGGAUCCGACUCCGACCUCCCCGUCCUCAAGGGCGCAUUCGAGAUCCUCGAGCGCUUCCGCGUCCCCUACGACUUCACCAUCACCUCCGCCCACCGGACACCACACCGCAUGGUCGAACUGGGCCAGUCGGCCGCCCGCCGCGGCGUCCGCGUGCUCAUCGCCGCGGCCGGCGGCGCCGCUCACCUCCCCGGCAUGCUGGCAUCCGAGACCACCGUGCCGGUCAUCGGUGUCCCCGUCAAGGCGACCCACCUCGACGGCCACGACAGCUUGCUGAGCAUUGUGCAGAUGCCGCGCGGAUGCCCCGUCGCCACCGUCGGUAUCAACAAUUCGACCAACGCUGCCCUGCUCGCGGUCAAGAUCUUGGGCGCGACGGACCCCGCCUACAGGGACGCCAUGGCUGCCUACAUGAAGGGCAUGGGCGAGGAGGUGGAGGGUAAGGCGGCUAGACUUCAGGAGAUUGGCUGGAAGGCGUACCUAGAGAAGAAGUGAUAGACUAGGCGGACCUAACUCCCUUGUUGUGAAGCAGUGCCCCAUGGGCAUAUGGCAUUGGAGACAGGGUACAUGAUGAUAUGAUACCAAUAUGAGGUGGGGGGGUGUAUGGGGGAAAGGGGUUCUAAAAGCAUGGGAGGGAUGAUUUUCUUGUCUUUUAGAUUUUGAAGCAGCAUGGUCAUUUAAGAGAGAAAUGUCGGUCUAAAGUAU